AUGUCCGUUCCCCUCCCAUCACCUUCGCGGGUCUCUCUCCCCCCCCCCCCCCCCCCCCCCGUCGCCUUCUAUAUUCCCUCCCUCCCCGUCACCCUCGCUCUCCCCUCCCUUCCUGUCGACAAGUUCUCCCUGUCGCCUUUCCCAUCGUCGUCCUCGUCGACUUUAGCUCUCUCCCUGAAAUGCCCGCCUCCUAACGCCUUUCUUCUCUCCCCUCCCAUCGCCUGCUCGCUCUCCCUCCCGUCGCCUUCUUCUCUCCCCUUCCGUCGCCUUCGCGCUCUCUCCCCCGUUGCCUUCGCGAUCUCCCUCCCGUCGACUGCGCGCUCUCCCUCCGAUCGCCUUCGCGCUCUCUCCCUCGUGGCCUUCUCGCUCUCCGUCCCAUCGCAUGGGCGCUCUCCCUCCCGUCGCCCUUGCAAUUUCCCCUCUCUUCCCGUCGCCCACUUCAUCUCCUAUCGCUCACGUCCUCCCUUCCCGUCGGCAUCGCACUCGCGUUCCUCCCUCCACUCGACAUCGCCCUCACGUCCUCCCGUCCCGUCGUUCGCCUCCUCUCUCCCAUCCCGUCGUUCACCUCUUCUCCCCUCCCACCCCAUCGUUCGCUUCCUCUCCCCUCCCAUCCCGUCGUUUGCCUCAUCUCCCCUCCCAUCCCGUCGUUCCUCCUCUCUCUCCUUUCUUCCCGUCGCUUUUGCACUCUCCCCUCCCAUCCGCUGGUUAUUACCUUGCCAAACUUAUUUUCUCCACCCUUUUUUUAAAACUUCUUUCAGCCCCGAGUCCAAGGAUACUUUUGGUGAAGUCACAUGA